GGUUGGAAGAAACGAAUAAACACGUCUCUCUCUCUCUCUCAUACUCAUUUAUACUUAUUAAUCAGGAUAUAUUUGUUUAAUUUGUAUUAUAAAACGAAAAGCCGCAUGUGUACUGUAUAUACCUUUAGAUGAAUGUUCUAAAAAAAUUAAGACAUAAUGAAGGAAUGUAAGAACAGCAGGAGUUUUUUGGUGCAUAAGGUUUAAAAAUGUGCUCGUAAAUAUGUUAUUAAAAGAUAUUACCGUAUAUGGAGCUUAUAUCUAUUAUCAUCUCGUUUCUAUUCAUGUGUGCAGGUGAUGAUGAUGAUGAUGAUGAUGGAAACCUGGACUUGGAGUACACAGAGGUGACAAUUGAAUUGAAUAGAAGUGUUAGGAAGGUUUCCUAUCCGGCUGGAAGGACCAUAUGAGGGAGUUUUACUCUCUGGUGUGUGCUGACCAGGAGAUUGCACUUGCCCCAGUGAGUCAGUAAAAACACGGUACAGGAUUCAGAACACACAAACUUUACUGGGUUUAGAAUUGAUCGUGUGUGAACAUUGUUGUCGGUGGUGCUGAAAGGCUCAGUGUUCUGGCCUUUUAUACUCUUGAUGGAGAAGGUGCACUGUGAUGUCAUAAGUAACUUAUCAUGAUUGGUAAACUGUAUGUCUGCCUCUAGUGGUGAAGCGUGGAAAUACAACUGAUUGGGAAUACUUUCUUACAAGAAUUGAAUAGAAAUGUUUCACUAAUGAUCCACCAGGCUGCUGUGUUACCAUGUGGCCCUUGUUGUGGUUGGGAUCCAGUAGAUCAGGUGUGUGUAGUGGCACAAUCCUGAUCCUGGUCCUGAUCUUAUUCACCUGGCUUUGUGGAAUCCACGCCAGUCUGAGUCUAGGGCCGGGAGGUGUCUUCCCAGGUGUCUAUGAUUUGAUCUUCUACGCUGUGAGCCAUGAGGAGUUUUUGUCUUUGGUCCACGACGUCGUGCUCUUGCUGUAUCUCGGACCUCGGCAGGAGAGGAAAUGGGGCACGCUGGUCUUUCUGGUGCUGUCGGUUGUUUCGUCGGUGCUCCUGCCCCCUAUUUAUGCCCUGUUCCUGUUCGUGACGGGGGAUGAAGCCAGUCGGAUAUGUGGGUACUCGGGCACCCAGUUGGCCCUGCUUGCGGCUCAGUGUCGACAGAGCAAACGGAGACGAACUCUGCGCUGUCUGCCUCCCUGGUCCCUGCCUUGGCUCGUCCUGCUGGUCGAUUUGUUCCUUCUUCCGAGCGCUCCAGGGCUUCUCCACUUCUACGCCAUAUGCCUGGGGCUUAACUACAGCAGCGAGUUAACUGAGCUCCUGCAGCGGCUCGAGGGUCUGGGAGUGUGUUCCUGCCUGCCAACGUGGCUUUACAUUUCCAAUAAAUAUCAACUACCAACCUACAUCAGCUCCACACAGAGGUCCCAGCUGGAGGAUCACACACACCCCCAAACGUGGGCACACGCCACGCCCGAGUGGCACGGAGAAGCGUCGGACGAGCGGAUGUUAGACGAGGAGUUGCUGAGAGUGGGCAUCCUGGCGUCGCUGCAGGACGCUCCUGAGGACACGCGGGUGGAGAAAGUGGAAGUCCAGAAGUCCUCCGUUUCUUCUCUGAGGCUCCAGCAGCUGGAGAAGAUGGGUUUCCCCAUGGAGAAAGCCGUGGUGGCUCUGGCUGCGACCCCUCACCUGGAUGGAGCCAUUUCUCUCCUGAUCGAUGACCAGGUCGGCGAGAACACGGUGGUCGUCUCGAAAGGAAGGAAAUCAGCAAACGUGUGACUCGGGGACGCUCAGGGACAAUGUGGACACCAUCCCAUAAUACUCACAUGAACCAAGUCUCGACUCUUAUUCGUAUUUAUGUUUCUGCUCUUUCUGUCCGGAGCUGUGUGUGUGUGUGUGUGUGUGUGUGUGUGUGUGUGUGUGUGUGUGUGUGUGGAAGAAGUAAGAAAUCCCCCCAUUCUUCCAGCCAUACACUCAGCAAAGUGAUCAAAAUGUUAUUAAAAUAAAAAUUAGAUAUGAAAAAUUA